AUGAAGGUCUCCUUUGUUUCAAUUGGCCUUCUGGCCAUGCUGAGCCCUCUCGUGGCUGCCUGGAGUACAGAAGAUCGCGAGAUUUUCCGCAUUCGCGAUGAGCUCAUCAACCAUGAGCCCGACUCCCCGGGCACCUUUUACGACAUCCUGGGCAUCAGCCCGCACGCCAGCCAGGACGACAUCACCAAGGCCUACCGCCAGAAGACCAAGACGCUGCACCCCGACAAGGUGAAGCAGCAUCUCAAGGCCAAGAAGAAGAAGAACCCCAACGCCAAACCCCCCACCAAGAGUGAGCUCGCCGCGGCGGUCAAGCGCGCCUCUGAGCGCCAGGCUCGCCUCUCCCUCAUCGUCAACAUCCUCAAGGGCCCCGAACGCGAUCGUUACGAUCAUUUCCUCAACAACGGCUUCCCGCUCUGGAAGGGCACCGACUACUACUACGACCGCUACCGCCCCGGCCUGGGCACAGCCAUCUUUGGCGUUUUCCUCGUGGGAGGCGGCGCGAUCCACUAUCUUAUCCUCUACAUGAGCUGGAAACGCCAGAAGGAGUUUGUGGGCCGCUACGUCAAGUAUGCACGCGAGACCGCCUGGGGCAAGGGGUUUGUCAUCCCCGUUCUCGAGCCUACUCCUGUCCCAGAAGUCGAGGAAGAUGAUGAAGAGGAUGGCCCACCCCAGCCCAUGAACAGGAAGCAAAGACGCCUCCAGGAGAGAGAGUCCAAGAAGGAGGAUGCUCGCGUUACCGGCAAGAAGGCCCGCAAGGCCAAGAGCGCCAGCGUUUCCCGCGACCCCUCCACCGCGCCAACUGCCGCCCGUAAGAGGGUUGUGGCCGAGAAUGGCAAGAUUCUCGUCGUUGACUCCGUCGGUAACGUCUACCUGGAAGAAGAGGACGAGGAUGGUAUUGUGAACGAGUUUCUCCUCGACCCUGAGGAGCUGGCUCAGCCUACUGUGUUCGACACCGCUGUUGUGCGUGUGCCUGCCUGGGCUUUCAACACCACCAUCGGACGCUUUCUCCCCAAGCCCGCCGCCAAACAGGAGGUGGAGUUUGAUAUCGAUGACGACUCGGAUGAUCCUCAGCACACCCCCGGAACGGACUCUGCCGGUGAGGACUUCGAGCUUCUCGAGAAGAGCACCGACUCUCUCAGCAAGGCAAAGACAACCGGUGCCCAGCAAGCAGGCAAGGCCAACAAGAGAAAGGGAAAGAAGAGGUAA